UGAGGGAAACCCCCGGCUGCCGUCUCGCUGCCCUCCCACCGCCUCUCCCGCCGCUUGUCCCCACCCGCGGCCCGGCAGGGCCAUGGUUUCUCCAGGAAGCGCUGGAGCAUCCGCCGGCGCCGGUGCCACUUCCUCCCUUCCGUGUCUGCUCCGUACUCGGUCCCCGCAGCCGCCGCUGAGUGUCCAAAAGUCGACAUGUCUAGCAAAAAGGCAAAGACGAAGACCACCAAGAAGCGCCCUCAGCGCGCCACUUCCAAUGUGUUUGCGAUGUUCGAUCAGUCGCAGAUCCAGGAAUUCAAGGAGGCCUUCAACAUGAUCGACCAGAACAGGGAUGGCUUCAUUGACAAAGAGGACCUGCACGACAUGCUCGCCUCCCUUGGAAAGAAUCCAACGGAUGAAUACCUGGAUGCCAUGAUGAAUGAGGCUCCGGGCCCCAUCAACUUCACCAUGUUCCUCACCAUGUUUGGUGAGAAGUUAAACGGCACCGACCCGGAGGAUGUAAUCAGGAAUGCUUUUGCUUGCUUUGAUGAAGAAGCAACAGGGUUCAUCCAAGAAGACUACCUGCGGGAGCUGCUGACCACCAUGGGAGACAGGUUCACAGAUGAAGAGGUGGAUGAGCUGUACAGAGAGGCCCCCAUCGACAAAAAGGGCAACUUCAACUACAUCGAGUUCACGCGCAUCCUCAAACAUGGAGCGAAGGACAAGGACGACUGAGCAAGUCCCUGGAUACAUGCAGAUAGCACCUUUCAUUUUUAAAUUUUUUUUUCUCACUAAUUUUAUUUCUCAGGAUCUGUUUUUUCCUUUUUUUCUGGUUUUCUGGGACCAUUUGUGCAUACAUUUUUAGCACUGCAGCUUCUUUCUCUGUGGAUCUUAAGGCUGCUCAGGCACCCCUGCACCUUUGUAAUAAGACUGGAAAGUGGCUGGGAGAGAGAGAACAGCUUACAGUGAUAGAUGUUGAAGGACAAAGAUCAGAGAAUGUGGAGGCCCGGGUAAAAAUGUCAGUGCUACUCAUCCUAGCUAGAUUAAUUUUACAUUUUUAAUGAUAAUUUUUCAAAUAAAUCACUGUCUACUAAAUGCAAAAUUAAAAUUUUCAUGCUAGAAGUAUAAUGUUUCUCUAAUGAUACCUGUAAAUAUUUUUGCAACUGUAUGCAGUCAUGUUGUUACCUAUUUUUGCCUUAAAAAUGAUGCAUAAGUCACUUAAGCAUACUGAUGUUUGUACUUCAGCAACUGAGUAUUUCACCUGCUACUGUGAGCGUACACAUGAAGAAGAAAUUCCCAUCCUUCAAAUUUUAGUGUAUUGUAAAUGAAUCAUUUCUGUCAGAAACUUGCACAUUAAACAUUUUAAAUCUUAA